CAAGAAAAACCAAUAUAUUAUGAUGAACCAUCCAUUCCGACUAAUCCGUGUAUUCCAUCACCAUGUGGACCUAAUUCUUUAUGCCGUGACCACAGUGGAACGCCUGCAUGUUCGUGUUUGUCUAAUUAUAUUGGUCGGCCACCUAAUUGCCGCCCAGAAUGUACAAUUAAUGCUGAAUGCCCCGGAAAUCUUGCUUGUGUCAACGAAAAAUGUCGUGAUCCAUGUCCUGGCUCAUGUGGAAUAUACGCAACAUGUAAUACAGUCAAACAUGUACCUCAGUGCAUUUGCCAAAAUGGUUACACUGGAGAUCCAUUUAGUGGAUGUUCCCUCAUACAACAAUUUCCUACUGAAGGACCAAAAAUGCCAUGCAACCCAUCGCCAUGUGGAGCAAAUGCAGUAUGUAAAGAACGAAAUGGUGCUGGCUCUUGUUCGUGUUUGCCUGAAUAUUUUGGAGAUCCGUACACUGGAUGUAGGCCAGAAUGUGUGACCAAUUCUGAUUGUGAUCGUAGUAAAUCCUGUAUGAAUAACAAAUGUCGUGACCCAUGUCCAGGCGUCUGUGGUUUGAAUGCAGAAUGCAGGGUUAUUAACCAUUCACCAUCUUGUUAUUGUCCAGUAGAUUAUACUGGAGAUCCAACGUUAUCUUGCUACAUUCAACCAUUACUUGAUCCAGAACCACCUUCAAAUCCAUGUAUUCCUUCGCCAUGUGGUCCAUACAGUCAAUGCAGACCUGUGAAUAAUCAUGCUGUAUGUUCAUGCCAAACAGAUUACAUUGGAACACCUCCAUCAUGUCGCCCGGAAUGUAUGGUGAGCUCUGAAUGUCCCCAGGAUAAAGCAUGCGUUAGAAAGAAAUGUAUAGACCCGUGUCCUGGUACAUGUGGAUCAAAUGGAAGAUGUCAAGUAGUCAAUCAUAAUCCAAUUUGUAGUUGUCCACCGGGUUAUAACGGAGAUCCGUUUAUACGGUGCUUCAAAGAACAACCUCCACCAGCUGAUAUACCAACCAAUCCAUGUGUGCCAUCUCCAUGCGGUCCAAAUUCAAUAUGUCGUGAAAUUGGUAAUACCCCAGCAUGUUCAUGUUUGGGCAGUUACAUUGGACGACCGCCUAAUUGCAGACCAGAAUGCACCAUCAAUGCUGAAUGUCCGGGGAAUUUAGCAUGUUCAAAAGAAAAAUGUAAAGAUCCAUGUCCGGGCUCAUGUGGAAUAUAUGCUACGUGUGUAACUAUAAACCAUAGUCCACAAUGUAACUGUGAACCAGGUUAUACAGGAGAUCCAUUUGCUGGAUGUUCUUUAAUACAACAAGUUGUUCCAACUGAAGGGCCUAAAAUGCCUUGUAACCCAUCACCAUGUGGAGCAAACGCUAUAUGCAAAGAACGUAAUGGAGCAGGAUCUUGUAUAUGUUUACCAGAAUAUUUUGGUGAUCCUUACACGGGUUGUAGACCAGAAUGUGUGACUAAUUCGGAAUGUGAUAGGAGUAAAGCAUGUGUAAAUAAUAAAUGCCGCGAUCCUUGUCCUGGUACUUGUGGUCUUAAUGCUGAAUGUAAUGUUAUCAAUCACACGCCAUCGUGUACAUGUUUCCCAGGUUACACUGGCAAUCCUAUUACCGCAUGUCAUAUGCCACCACCGAUGGAUGAAAUACCUAAAAAUCCAUGUGAACCUUCUCCUUGUGGGCCUUAUAGUAUGUGUAGAACUGUGAAUGGCCACGCAGUGUGUUCUUGUCAAACUAACUAUGUUGGAACACCUCCGGGUUGUCGUCCAGAAUGUGUUGUUAGUUCAGAAUGCCCUCAAAAUAGAGCUUGUAUUAAUCAAAAAUGUUCAGACCCUUGUAUUGGAAUAUGUGGUAUUGGAGCAAGGUGUCAAGUCAUAAAUCAUAAUCCAAUUUGCAGUUGCCCAAAUGGUUUAAUUGGUGAUCCAUUUGUUCAAUGUAAAUCAGAACCACGACCAACUCAGCCACCGCCAAGUGGAAAUCCUUGUAUUCCAUCCCCAUGUGGUCUUAAUUCCAUAUGCCACGAAGUUGGCUCCACACCAGCAUGCUCUUGUUUGCCAAACUAUAUAGGAAGACCACCAAACUGUCGCCCAGAAUGUUCAAUCAAUGCAGAAUGUCCGGGAAAUCUUGCUUGCUUGAAUGAACGUUGCAAAGACCCUUGCCCUGGUUCUUGUGGAGUGCACGCGACCUGUGUAACUCGUAAUCAUAGACCACAGUGUACUUGUGAAACUGGAUAUACUGGGGAUCCAUUUGCUGGGUGUUCCAUCGUUCAACAAAUUCCUCCCACUGAAGGACCGAGAGAUCCAUGCAAUCCAUCUCCAUGUGGAGCUAAUUCUAUUUGCCGAGAAAAAAACGGUGCUGGUUCUUGUGUUUGUCUACCUGAAUAUUUCGGUGAUCCAUACACGGGAUGUAGACCUGAAUGUGUUACGAAUGCAGAUUGUGACCGUACAAAAGCAUGUGCAAAUAAUAAAUGUAAGGAUCCAUGUCCUGGAACAUGUGGACUUAAUGCAGAAUGUAAAGUUCUGAACCACGCGCCUUCAUGCAGUUGUGUACCAGGAUACACUGGUGAUCCGUUGAGCAUAUGUAAUGUUAUACCCAUAACUGAAGCUACUCCAAUAGAUCCUUGUGUUCCAUCUCCGUGUGGGCCUAACAGUCAAUGUAGAGAACUUAACGACCACGCCGUUUGUUCAUGUUUAAGUUCCUAUAUCGGUACACCUCCAUCUUGUCGUCCUGAAUGCAUUGUCAGUUCAGAAUGUAGUCAAAACAAAGCUUGUGUUAAUCAAAAAUGUAGUGACCCCUGCAUUGGUACUUGUGGCCUAAAUACAAGGUGUCAAGUAGUAAAUCACAAUCCCAUUUGUAGCUGUUCCCCCGGAUAUACGGGCGAUCCUUUUGCUUCUUGCAACAAAAUACAACCCACAACCACUCCUUCACCGCCUACAGCCCCUUGCUCUCCAUCACCUUGUGGACCUCACUCUCAAUGUAGAGUGGUGAGCAAUACAGCUGCAUGUUCUUGUUUGCAAAACUACAUUGGUCGGCCACCCAAUUGUAGGCCUGAGUGUGUUAUUAGCGCGGAAUGUUCAAGUAACUUGGCAUGUAUCAAUGAAAAAUGCUCUGAUCCAUGCCCAGGAUCAUGUGGACAAUAUGCUCAUUGUAGAGUUAUCAAUCACCACCCAGUUUGUACUUGUUUACCUGGGUACACUGGCGAUGCCCUUACAUAUUGCCAACUGUUACCUACCUCUACCGAAAGAUCACCAGAAGCCGUAGAUCCUUGCUAUCCAUCACCAUGUGGUCCAAAUUCUGAUUGUGUCAAUAGAAAUGGAGUUGCAGCUUGUACGUGCUCUACAGGAUUCUUCGGUGAUCCUUACACGGGAUGUCGAAGAGAAUGUGAAAACAACGACGAUUGUAAUUUGGCUUUGGCCUGUAUUGGUUAUAAAUGUAUAGACCCAUGUCCAGGAACAUGUGGUUCUGAGGCAAUAUGUACAGUUGUGAAACACAUACCUAUUUGCUCUUGUCCACCAUCUUUUACUGGUGAUCCAUUUACUUCUUGUCGUCCGAUACCAGUCAUUC